CUCGGAUUGCAUACCAAUCAUGGUCAAGAUUGCCGAGCUCUUCAGACAGUGUCUAGACAGGUUAAAUGAGGUAGCAAAUUCCGAUAGUAUUUCCAGUCUUGAGAAUGAGGUUCCAGUCCAUGCCUGGACCGACGAGCUCGGCAGGUUCCGUGUCUGGGCAGCCAAUAUCGGAGCCCACCAGCAGGGCCUAUCCUCUCUCGAUUAUCGCCUACGCGAUGCCUCGCAUAUUCAGAGCCAAAUAUUUAGGCUUCUGACAGCCCUGAAAGAGUCACUUAUAGACCUGGAAGAUCUCACUUCUGGUGGCAUUGAGGAUGCCGAUGGGCCGUUUGACGAGCAGAUGGAAGAGUUGUACCGUGAAUUCGAAGACGAGAGCAACCAUACCACGCAGGCUCAAGAGAUAUAUCAAAGCGUCGUCAAUACGAUCUCCCAUCUCUUCCAAAUGUCAAUGAUUAUUCGCAACCCCACCGAUCAUGACCGGCUCAUCGGAAUAGGCCGAGUGGAUGCGGAGCCGUUCAAAUUCUGGGCCCGGCAGCACGUCUCCCAUAAACACCCCGAGCUGGAGGCGUUGAUCGCGGACCGCAUUAGCACAGCAAUGGCGAAGCAGAGAGCUACGCUUAAGUAUAGAGAACGGCACCACGCCAAGCUGAGCUGCGGUUUGGACGCUGACAAAAACGAAGCCUCGACCAGGCUGUCGGAAACGAUCGCCACCUCGUUCAAAGCGCCUGUUCCGGAGCAGGCAAAUAACGACGUUAUGAGCAACUCUGGCAUUUAUGAGACCUCGUACGCAGGUACCCUAUUUGUAGGGGAGAACAAGAUGACAAUCCCACCACCUCCAAAGGAGUCAGCGGGCCGCAAACCCUUUGAAUGUCCCUACUGCUUCUUUAUCAUUACCGUGAAGGAUACCGGGGACUGGGCGCGGCAUGUAUUUCGCGACCUAAUGCCGUAUGUUUGUCUCUUCCCUGAUUGCCCAACUGCAAGUAAACGAUACGGUAGCCGCCGGCAAUGGUAUAGCCAUAUCCAAGAAGAACACGGUCUGGGAAAAGUUGCCGAUAGCCAUUAUCAAUGUCCUGUCUGCAAGAAGAGCCAGUUGGCAGCUAUAACCUUCAACCGACACGUUGGCCGUCACUUGGAAGAACUUGCUUUAUUCGUACUUCCUCGCACAGCAAACGAGGAAAAUGAAUUGCUUGAGUUGUCUGAGGAAGGGAAGUUUGACGAUAACUCUCAACCCCGAUCGCUUGGGGAUGCUGAUUCAGACCGUGAUAUUGCCGAAGUACCGCCAAUUGACGAAUUGUCCAACCCUGAAGAGACCACCGCCGAACCGGAUAGUUCACUUACAGAGCCUAGGCUUCAGCAUCAUACUAUCAUUCCCAGCCCCCAAGGAAAGUCGGACAACAACCCAGAGCAAAAACACACAACUUUGGCGACUGAAAUCCCAAGAGAACCUUACUCAGAUGAGUUGCAAAGGCUUGAAGCCCUCAACCGACCUGAAUCGGAUCAAUAUUUCCAAGCAAUUCACUCUGUUACAGACGCUCGAUUGCCCUAUUAUCACCAGAGGCCUGCUGACGUCCCUGUGGGUACGGACGAGAUUGUUCAAUACGAUGCUGAAGAUGAUGGUGCCAGCUCAGACGAUGGAUCAGUCAAUGGACCUGAAAACCGGGAAGAAGAAGGCAAAGUUGAGGAGGAAGAAGGGAAUACUGACGAACAAGUUGAAGGAGAUAAUCCUUCUUUGGAGGAGGACCUGGGCGUCAUCACACCUGAACCCGAACAUGAUGUCCCGGGUAAGAUGCCUCUAAAGCCUGUCGAGGCAUCACUCCCAAGAUCCCAGCGACGAGGGUCAGCUCAAUUACGGCAUUACCCGGGGACAUGUUGGGAGUGCGAUCAAGGGUUGUUCCAUGAUUCUGUCCCCCUCCCCCGCCAGGGGCCUUUCUUACACUCUGCCAGCGACUCCGAUGAAGAUUAUUACCAAAUACCACCACCACCACCACCACCACCUCUAAAGUACAACACCACGUCGCAUAUUAUUCCGAAAGAGCCCGAAUCACCGCGCCGUCGUCUCAGAAAGACCCCAAAGAGAACAGAUUCAAAGGAGGCGAAUACCUCGUCGUCCAACCGCUUAGAAAUACACCCAUCUCGCUCGGUCAACCUAACAGAGCUUCGUGAUACCCUCCCUGAAAGUGGAUAUCAUCGAUCCACCAAAGAGACCGUAAUCCCAGAGCAAAACCGUCGGCCUGCUACCAGAUAUGAUAAUUCUUCCUAUCGACGACACCGGCCCGUAGUUGACCACUUGGCCGGCGAUAAUGCCCCUGCGGAUAAGUUAUCAGAUGAGGGUACGAUGGUGCCCGAAAGCAGCGGCAGCAUCCGGGAUCGUCGACGGUCUACCUCCUACCAUGACAGCGACGCGAGCACUCAGAACAGCAGCGGCGUGGAUACCGACAGGCCGGAGGAGGAUAACAAUAUCAUCAAGACUCUUAACGGCGUCACAAUGAGCUUUCCGCAGGAGUCGGCAGUGUGGCCAGCCAAGGGCUCGAGAGUUCUCGCCACGAUCAGACAGACCGUCGCUCAGACCGGGCCAGUCGACGAUCUACUCGGUCCACCUAUACCAGUCGAACAUACUACUCCUAGUCGACUCCAAACCGACGAGAACGUUUAUACGUGGGGUCGCCUGGGAGAGCACAAUAUCGUCAUUGCCUCUCUACCCACCGGAGUCUACGAAACCACCUCGGCUGCGGUCAAGAUCUCGAGCCUAUUUGCUUCUCUGCCAACCAUCCGGCAUAGGUGGCGGCAUCGCUCGACUGGACGAGGAACACGAUAUCCGGCUCGGCGACGCUGUCAUGAGCCAGGUGGGACCAUGGCGGCGUCUGCCAGGCAAUAUCUGGUGACAUGCAAAGAUUAUUGCUGUAGCUGA